AUGACGCGCUUUCGACCGUGCAUUGACCUGCAUGCUGGCUCUGUCAAGCAGAUCGUUGGCGGGACACUGACCACAGACAACACUGGCUUGAAAACGAACUUUACAUCUGAGCAUCCUGCGGCGUACUUCGCCGAAUUGUAUAAGAAGCACGAUCUUUAUGGCGGUCAUGUCAUCAUGCUCGGGCCUGGCAACGAUGCAGCAGCUCGCGAGGCGCUCGCAGCAUGGCCAGCCGGACUUCAGGUAGGCGGCGGCAUCAAGGACGCUAACGCUCGUCAGUGGAUCGAUGCUGGCGCAGAAAGGGUGAUCAUUACUUCGUUUCUCUUUCCAUCAGGUACAUUCUCGCUCCAGCGUCUCGAAUCUGUGCUCCAAAUUUUGGACGAGGACCGCAGCAAGCUCGUCAUCGAUCUGAGCUGCCGACGUGUGGGAGACGGGUGGCGGGUGGCAAUGGACAAGUGGCAGACUAUCACGGACUUCGAGAUCAAUCGAGAAAAUAUUAGCAUGCUUGAACCAUACUGUAGCGAGUUCCUAAUCCACGCAGCAGACUCUGAAGGCUUACAAGCCGGCAUCGAUGAGAAGCUUGUCAGUCAUCUAGGAGGGAUCUGCACGAUACCAGUCACGUACGCCGGUGGUGGGCGCAACAUUGGAGACCUGGAGCUGGUAGAGCGCUUAAGCAAAGGGAAAGUCGACCUUACCAUUGGUAGUGCGCUCGACAUCUUUGGCGGCAAGGGAGUCACAUUCGAGGCAUGUUGCGAGUGGAAUCGCAGAAAGGCUGAGACCGCGCAAUAACUGUUCGCAUGCAGCAGACACGAGCCUACAAGCAUCGCAUAGAUGAAUCUCCACGUGUCGUAUUGGUUCACCAAACCUCAGAACAGGUCCGUCACGCCCAGCAGACUGGAAGUUCCAUCAGACCUUCGCUGCCUUGCCGCUUUUGGCAAUUCUCGUUCAAUCCUCGUCAUCCUGCACCGGCUCAUCCUUCACCGGCGUGUCCUCCUUCAUCUUGUCCUCAACAUCAUCAUGAUCGAGCUUGCGCUUCUUCGGCGACUUUUCGGUCUUGGUCGGAGUCUUCCUUACCUUUUCCGGAAUCUCUUCGCCAUCCGCCGAGCCGUC